AUGUCCUUCCUUACUCAUGUGUUAGCCUGCCUGUUUGGAAUGGGUUCCUGGGUGACCAUUUGUGGCCUUUGGGUUGAGCUGCCCCUCAUUGUUCCUCAGGUUCCUGAAGGCUGGUACCUUCCAUCCUUCCUCUCCAUCCUAACCCAGAUUGCCAACAUUGGCCCUUUGUUUGUCACCCUAAUGCAUCGAUUUCAACCAGGAAAGCUCAACGAAAGAGCUGUGAUCUAUUUUAUUAUCAGUUUUGGGGUCCUAGCAAGCCUCCUGUUGGCUUUCUUCUGGAAAGACACACUUGUGGUGCAAGGACUUGAGCAUAGCGUUCCUCUCCUCCUUCUCACUUUUUUCAUCUCAAUAGUGGACUGUACUUCAUCUGUGACUUUCCUGCCCUUCAUGAUGCAGCUCAGGCCAGAGUAUCUUACCAGCUAUUACAUAGGUGAAGGUUUGAGUGGGCUGGUACCAGCUUUAGUGGCAAUGAUUCAAGGAGUGGGUGUUAUGAAGUGUGUCAAUAAUACCCAGACUUUAAAUUCUAAUGGUACUUUGCAACUUGAGAGCAGGAAUGGGUCUGUGGAAUCUGACUACUUGGUACCACACUACCUACCAGCCAAUUUCUCACCGGAGGCUUUCUUUGUAUUCCUGGCAGCCAUGAUGAUUGUCUGCUUGGUAGCUUUCCUGCUUUUAAACUGCCUCCCUUCAGUGGCCCGAGAGUUUUCUGUCAGCAACAGAUGCCAGGAUGCAAUUAGAGAUUCAGAUUUUGAAAAGGAAAAUAAACGUAUUGAGCAAAAACCCAUGAUGAAUACUUUGAAUGGUGUAAAAAAGUUUAAGAGUAUGUUUGGAAAGGGAACGUACAGCUGGAAACAGGUGGUGUACAUUUUCGUCAUUCUUGCCUGGGUGAAUGCUCUGACCAACUCUGUGCUGCUGUCUGUUCAGUCCUACUCAUGUCUACCAUAUGGAAACCAAGCUUAUCAUUGGUCUGCCACCAUGGCAUCUGUAGCAAACCCUUUGACUUGCCUCUUUGUCAUGUUCUACUCUCAAAGGUCACUGGUGCUGAUGGGCUUUUUAACUGCUUUUGGCUCUGUUAUUGGUGCUUACAUCAUGGGCAUGGCAGUGCUAAGUCCCUGUCCGCUGCUUGUCAACCACACAGCUGGAGCUAUUCUAAUAGUAAGUUCCUGGACUUUGUUUAUUCUCACACUGUCCUAUGUGAAGGUGAUAAUCGCAAUAAUCCUGAGGGAUGAAGGUCACAGUGCUCUCGUGUGGUGUGGUGCAGUAGUGCAGUUAGGCUCAUUAAUAGGGUCUGUAAUCAUGUUUCCUUUGGUCAAUGUGUACAACUUGUUUUUCUCAGGAGAUCCAUGCAACACCAGCUGCUAA